AUGGACGAGUGCUUCAUGAAAAGGUUCAAUGACAACGAGGCAAAUAUGCUCUGGAUGCUCGACGAUAGUCAAUAUUGGCGAAACAAGAUGAAGGCUGAAACCUCAGAGAUUAAGUGGAUCAAGAUCUGCAAGGACGGCUGUAGUAAGGACAACAUCUACACUCCCAAUGUAGAUGAAGUCCGUUGGUGCUCGAUGUGUGCUCGAUGGUUCCACGAUGGCUGUUGCGAGGAACUCGACCUAUACGCUGACGAAACGCGGAAGUGGCUGAGGAACAACAACCAAGACUAUCUCCUCGUCGAUUGGGCCAAAGUUGAUGCCGAACAUCCCAGCAUCGAAGCCAUUGUGGGGCUGCCUAUUGCCAGGCACCCAGCAGAGCCUGCCGCUCCGGAAAGCUUGGAAAAAGUCAUCAUAUUGGCGAGGGAGAAGGUGAUUUUCGCCGAGGAGGAGUUGGACCUCAUAGACUAUCACGACUUCAUCAUGGAAGCUGAUGCUAACCGCUGGCCGGACAAAGUCGAGGAGAUCGUGCAGGUGUUUUUGGAAGAGGCCAUCGAAGAGCAGCCAAUAUUCUAUCUCUGCCCUCGGUGUAACAACUAUGCCAUCUAG